AUGUGGUCACAGAUGCAUAGCAUGAUCUCUGCAAAAGCUGACACUGACUACAGAGCAUUGACAGAGGCCCAGAGAGGAGUGAAGUCAGACGACAAAAAGUCGGUAGGGCUGUAUAUGGCAGAAAUGGAUAUCCCCGAGAUGCGACGUUUUCUACGGGUAGAUACCGGCCUUUUGGAUGACUUUCAAAACGGAAAAACGUCUCAAGCCAGCACUAUUUGGCACACGAGCUUGAAAAAACUUAAUUGGAGACCGUUUUGUCUGGCCAGGGAUGCGAGCAGUCAUCGGUAA